CACGGGAUUCCCGCGUUUGCCUGCUCACACUGCCGGACCGCUGUGUAUCACGCAGGUUUCACGCAGCGCAUCAGCCUCUGAUCACGCGUCUCCUCUCUGCCGAUUGGCUGGCGGCCCCUCGCACCUUGACUUGUGAUUGGUCCACGGUCACCCGUGCUGUGAAAUGUCUGAAUCAAUCUGAUAACAACAGAGCGGCUCCAUCUCUCCAGUCAGAUGUUGUCCAGCCUCAGAAACGUAAACUUAUACGCGCUCAUUUUCUUUUUUCUAUAGGAAACGGCCACAUAGCGCUCACUUUGUCAAUAUUCUGUGAUGACUGGUCGUUUUGCCGGUUUGACGACAUGAGUAAAGCGCAUCGCGUUUCAUCCCAGCCAAUCGAUAAUCUGCCGUGUGAGGCUGUGGAACGAAGCCCAGAACAUUUGAGGGAUCCAUCUGAGACUUCAGGAGACCUGCAGGCUGUAGAAGCUCUUGUUUCCAUGAAGAGCAAAUGGAAGGAUAGAAGUUUUUGGCAUAAGGCUCUCCGCCCACUUACGCCAUCCUCUGACUCCUGGGAAGAGUCUGUCUGCGCAGGCCCAGCUGAUUUCCAGGAGUCUGCUUUGGCACUUCAGUGCAUGACCCCACCCUAUAGCCCUCCAGCUACUGAUCUGGUUCAGAGUGACACACUGGAGGGUUUGGAUAACAGCGCUUCACUCUGCUCCCCACAGCAACAGAGUAGGACCAUCAGUGUGAUUCGGCACACUUCUGACCCACUGCCAUGUCCUGCUGGAGAAAAAGACGAACAGGCCUGCACCCUUAACGCCGCACCAAGCCCUUUUAGCCCCACCCAGAGCCACUUGAGUGUCCAGCCUGGCACGGAUACAGUGGUAAAUCAUGAUCCUCUGAGCUCGGGUACCCCCACCCUGCCAACUCCCCCAGUAGCUCCGCCCUCUGUAACUCUAACCACCCCUGGUGUUCCUACAGCUAGCAUGUCUUCAGUAGCACUAUUCCAGAUCCUUCCAUUCACGCCCUCUGCGAACUCGAUGGUCAGCGCCCCACCUGCGCCUACAGCUAAUCCACCGAACGUCUGUCCAGGAUCAGCAGUUUUAGUGUGCAGUCCUGUAGUGGGCACACAGACUCCCACCGGCCCCAUCAUGGUGCUGGUGCCUCAGACAGCUCCACUCACACAGCAUGUGGUUGUAACCGCCACUGGGUCAAAGUUCACCUCCAUUGCCCCUGCACCAGGCCACUUGCCUGCCAUGCCAAAGACUGCACCCCAGCCUGAGCCGCCACGAGUUCGCUGUCACGUGUGCACUCACCCCAACUGCGGAAAGACCUACUUCAAAAGCUCGCAUCUCAAAGCACACCUGAGGACACACACAGGCGAGAAGCCCUUUACGUGCCAGUGGGACGGCUGUGGGAGGCGUUUUUCUCGCUCAGACGAACUGUCCCGCCACCGACGCUCUCACACAGGCGAGAAGCGCUUCUCCUGUCCCGUGUGCCACAGCCGCUUCAUGCGCAGCGACCACCUGUCAAAGCAUGCCCGCCGCCAUCUAAUGACCAGGAGGACUCCGGCCUGGCAGGCGGAAAUCAGCCGGCUCCACAGCAUCACCACAGGGGGGCGCGUUCUCCUCCCCCUCAGCCCCAAACCAGGGAGCUGAGGGACAGACUCAGAACCAUAGAGGGUUCAUACAGAACUUUACCGCAUGGAAGAUGCGAAAGCUGCGAAAUUCCCAGCGCUGAAAUUUUAACUGCACAUAUGUGACGUACACAGGGACUUCAGAUCAAACGCUAUGCCAAAUCAUUUUCUACCAUUUAACUGACUAGUUUUGGAUAAUUUAUGAAAUGCAAUUUGUGUAGGCAAAUUAAUCUACAUGCUGCUAAGUGUACUUCACGUGCUUUACUGUGACAGUCACAAUAAAUGUGAUCCACAGAGGAAAAGUAUAAAUAAGUUGCAGUUACACGACCCUGACACUAGGGGGUCUCUCAACACCUUCACUUCAUGUGUCCCAGGCCAGAUCAGCCCUGGGGAGCUGCGGAUUUUGCCCCUUUGCUUAAGCUGACAGUAGGGUGCAGUCAUCUGCACUGACUGUUAGAAAGUGAUUAAAGACAUGACAUGUGGAUUUGAAGGGCAAUUCCACCAAAUAUUCAAAAUUUCUGAAUCGUCACUCAUUGAGUCUGAUGCGAAAUGGUUCACUGUAGAGACGUGUACCGGCUCAGAAUUCUUUACAGUGGUGGUGAGACAAGGGUCUCAACUGCCAAUAUAGGCAUAAUGUAAAUAUAAGAAUUUUAUUUUCUAUCCCAGAUGGCAAGUGAGCCGACAUGUCUUCAAAGUUUUUCCAUCAUGAAUGUAUUUUUAAAAAGCUGCAUAUUCAAAACCAUUUUGUGUAAUAAGUGUCUGUGAAGGAGCUUUUAGAGGUGUUACCUUCAUCCAGUUUGUAACACCUGCAAACGGGAAUAUCACAUAAACCACUCUGAAUGACGCUGUUUAAGCAAUCAGAAAUUUAAAAAGAUGGUGGAAUUCUCCUUUAAGUGUUUGCACUAAAAUGUUUGGAUUGUUUUAGUAAAUACAUCAUACUCUAUAGGUCCUUCUUGGUGAAUUCAAUAAUGCUUAAGGAUGUUUUGUGGGAAAAAAGGCAGAUCUAAACACUAAGAAUAUAAUAUAAUGUAAUAUAUUGUAUUGUAUUGUAUGGGAAUAUGGUUUGCUUCUGUCACUACUUAAACUAGAAGCACUUUUUCCUCAUGCUACACUCUAGCCACCACUAAUUACUACGUGCCACUUCAUCUACCUGUGACAUGAAGACAGUGAUUCACACCAAGGGCAGCCUGGAGAUCAUGCUGAAAAAUGUCUGUUAUUACAGUUGGUCUGAAAGAAAAAGGUAAAAUGGGAGUAAACAGCUAGCAGUUUGUGUUCUAAUGUAACAGCACAUGUGAAAUGUGUAUAGUGUGUCUAAUAUUCAACAUUCAGUUUGGUUAAAUUCAUUCUAGUUAAAGCCAGUCUUUUACAAUUGGGUUUUAAGAAGUAUUUAAACACUGAAGACACUUUAUUGCUUGUGGCUACCUGACCAAAGAGUUAUUCGCAAAUUCUAUUUUUCUAUUUUGUACAAUCUAAGCUGCUUUAUUUUUGUUAUUGCAGAGUGUUUGUUUACAGCCUUUAAAUAAUUCUUUGACUUCAGGAGAAAUGUUUAACAUUAUAAUACUGUGGUUGUGAUCAAUAAAUUGUACCAUAGUGCCACUUCUCACCGGGUUUGCCUUGUUCUGUGAGCAUGUGUUAAACGAACAUGUGUAUACAAAAAUAAACUCACUUGAGCAGCGUGA